UGAGAAAGCCCCCAAUGCUCGCGACCACAUCACCGCAGUCUACAUGGGCCAAGUGCUCCAAGCCGGUUCCGGCCAAUCCCCCGCCCGCCAGGCCUCCAUCGGCGCGGGGCUCUCCUCCGCCGUCGAAGCUACCACGAUCAAUAAAGUCUGCUCCUCCGGACUAAAGGCCGUGACGCUAGCCGCGCAGGCGAUCCAACUCGGCGAGACCGACGCCAUGGUGGCCGGCGGCAUGGAGAACAUGACGCGCGUGCCCUACUACCUCCCCCGCUCGACCCUGCAGCCCGCGUUCGGCGACCAGAAGCUCGCGGACGGCCUGAUCGGUGACGGGCUCUGGGACGUCUACAACCAGAUCCACAUGGGCAACUGCGCCGAGAAUACUGUCAAGAAAUACGGCAUCACCCGCGCCGCGCAGGACGCGUACGCCGUCGAUUCCUACAAGCGCGCCCAGGCCGCUUGGGCGUCCGGCGCCUUCACCGAAGAAGUUGUCCCCGUCACAGUGAAAGGUAAGCGGGGGAAGGAGACCGUCGUUGCGGAGGACGAGGGCUACAACAAGCUGAAGCUCGAAAAGAUCGCGACGCUCAAGCCCGCGUUCGACCGCUCGGGCGCCGGCUCCGUGACGGCGGCGAACUCCUCGUCGUUCAACGACGGCGCGUCGGCGCUAGUGCUGGGAUCGAAGGACCUGGCGCGCGAGGCGGCAGGGUCGAGCCGCGUGCUGGCGCGCAUCGUGGCGUCGGCGGACGCGGCGGUGGAUCCGAUUGACUUCCCGAUCGCGCCGGCGGCGGUGGUUCCGAAGCUGUUGGAGCGGGCGGGGUUGACGAUGCAGGAUAUUAGCGUGUGGGAGUUCAACGAGGCGUUCGCGGCGGUAAUUUUGGCGAACGCGAAGCUUUUGGAACUGGAGGGCACAGAGGCGGGCGCGAGGGUGAAUCCGAGGGGCGGGGCGAUAGCGUUGGGACAUGCGAUUGGGAGUAGUGGGAGUCGGAUUUUGGUGACGUUGUUGCAUCAAUUGGAGGUGGGGCAGUUUGGAGUUGCGGCGAUUUGUAAUGGAGGUGGCGCGGCGACGGGGAUCUUGGUGCAGAGGGUUGGGCAGGGCGAUAUCUGAGCGAGUUCGAGUACUGUAUGUUUGUGAAGGGUAUCUGAGCUAUGGUGGUUUUAUAUGGGCGAUUUGUAGGGAAAUUCCCUGUCGGACUUGGGCGGAUGGAGGCAAUUAUAUUUUCGAUGUGAUUAUUUAUACCCUUGAGGCAGAGUCACUUCAUCCCUUCAACCCUCUGCGGCUAGCAUCGACAGAUAAAAUCAAGAGCAUUUCAGCACUAGAGCCCUCAGCAGUCAGCACUGGAGCCUAUCUCCUGGAGGUAGUGCCGUUCCCGGAGCUAGUCCCGCUCCCGGGGGUGGUGCUGUUCCCGGAAGAAGUGCCGUUCCCGAGGAUGGGGCUAUCCGUAACGGCCAUCGGAGCGAAGGUCAGAUCCCACAUGCCCAUAACCUCAGCACCGUGACCAUCGCCGUGACCAGCCCCCUCAUCUCUCGAACGGUGUGAAUGUCCCCCCAUUUCCAUCCCCUCCAUCC